CCAAGCCUCACUGAGACUCGAUACCCAUCAGCAUGGCUCCCACUUCACUACUUCUCCUGCCACUUCUCCUCCUUCUCUGCCUAUUUCCGGCGGUUUCCUCCGUCGGCGUAAACUACGGCACUCUCGGAAACAACCUCCCUCCGCCCAAGAAGGUGGCUCAGCUACUCCAAUCCACUCUCAUCGACAAGGUCAAGAUCUACGACACAAACCCAGAAAUCCUAGAGGCCUUUUCCAACACAGGCAUAGACCUCAUCGUCGCCGUCGAAAAUUACCACGUCUCCAACAUCAGCUCCGAUGUGGCCGCCGCCGACGAGUGGUUCGCCACCCGCGUCGCGCCCUUCAUUCCCGCCACUUCCAUCGUCGCCAUUGCAGUGGGUAAUGAGUAUUUGACCACUGAUACUGACCACUUGGCCCUUAAUGCCCUGGUUCAAGCAAUGCAGAACCUUCAUGGAGUCCUACUAGCUCGUGGACUCGACCGGAAAAUCAAGGUCACCACCCCACAUAGUAUGGCUGUGCUCGCUUCUUCGUUUCCUCCUUCAGCUUCCACCUUCGCCCUGGAACUCAUCCCAACCAUGACCUCCAUUGUUGGGUUCAUAGCUGAUACUGGUGCGCCAUUCAUGAUCAACGCCUACCCAUAUUUUGCCUACAGAGACAAUCCGGGAAAAAUCGAUCUGGAAUACGCAUUGCUCGGGAACACAACUGGGGUACGCGACCCAAAGGGGUUUGUGUAUAACAACAUGCUCGAUGCCCAAAUCGACGCCGUCCGAUCAGCCAUCAACGCUCUGGGUUUCGGAAAUCGGACCAUAGAGAUCACCGUAUCGGAAUCCGGGUGGCCGUCGAAGGGUGAGGCUGGGGACUCCGCGGCCACACCGGAAAACGCAAAAAAAUACAAUACCAGACUGAUCGAACGUGGGCAGUCAGAUAAAGGCACACCCAUGAGGCCGAAGGACAAGGUGGAGGUGUUUGUGUUCGCUUUGUUCAAUGAGAACAAAAAGGGAGGUGGAGUGAGUGAGAGAAACUUUGGGAUUUUGAACGGCGACGGGUCUAAGGUAUAUGAGAUAGAUUUGAGCUGUAAAUUCUGCAGCGGCAAUGGAGGUGCGGUGGGGUUCGGUGAGAAAGUAGCGAACGCAGCGAGGGGUCCUUCGGUUUGGUGCGUAGCAAAGCCCCAUGCAGAUGAGAAGGUGCUGCAGGCGGUGCUGGACUUCUGCUGUGGGCCUGGUGGGGUGGACUGCAGAGAGAUAUAUGGAAGUGGGGAUUGUUUUGAGCCGAAUAAGCUUCAUGCACAUUCAUCAUACGCCAUGAAUGCGUAUUAUCAGAUGCAUGGGAGGAACUACUGGAACUGUGAUUUCAAAGGCGCUGGCCUCGUUACCUUCGGUGAUCCAAGUUAUGGGAGAUGCCGAUAUCCUCAACAGUGAUCAAGCAGUAGAAAGGUGGUGGAUGUGGUUGACAGCUCAUUUGUAAUGCUUGUUAGUAUCAUUAGCUUGGACCAAAAGUGAAAAUGUGAGCAGUGAAAAUUUGAUGUAUUGAUUGUAAGGUGAUAUGACAUGAAUCUUAUAAUUUGAA